AUGAGGAGAGCGUGCAUUUUGCGCCAACUGGGCAGAUGCGCGGAUCAUCACACACCAAGCCCGCCUCCUUCACGAUGCGGCCCUGAAGCGGCGCCCUGGCUGCGGCCUCUGCGCCGGGGGCCCUCUGGUGCUCUACACUUCCAACGGCGGUCGUUCUCGCAGUCCCCCCUCGCCCGCAAGGAAGCAUGGGACGUCGCCCCCCCACGGGCGCCCUCGGUCCACCCGCACCCACACCACGACGCCGCCUUCGACGCCCUGCCCCCGCCAGAACAGCUGCGCUCCGUGAUGCGCCUGCUCGCGCACUCGGUCGUGGUGUGCACCUCCGCGGACCCGUCCGCCCCCGCCGGAGCGGCCGCCCCGGUCCCCAGGGGCAUGACCAUGUCCUCCUUCACGUCGCUCUCGCUGCGCCCGACGCCCCUCGUCACGUUCAACAUCGCGACCCCGAGCCGCACCCUCGACGCGGUCUCGCGGAGCCGCCGGUUCAACAUCCACGUCCUCAGCGGCGACGUCGCCGGCGCCAGGGUGGCGGAGUGGUUCCGGAAGGGCAACGCCGACGGGCUGGGCGUCUUCGAGGCUGGCAGGCUGAGGGAUGAGUGUGGCUGUGAGGUCGUCGCAGCAGAGGCGGGGGCAGACGCAUCAGGCAAGGCGGCGGCGGCCCCGCCGCUGUUGAAGGGCCCCGGCGUGCUCUUUGCGCUGCGGUGUAGCCUCAUGGGCGACGAGCCGGCCAGAGGGCUCGUGAGGGUUCGGGAUCAUGUCAUAGUCCUGGCAGAGGUUGUCGACAUCAUCGAGGGCCAGGGUGGAAAGACUGGGCCGGCAGCCUUCGGACUGGCCUACGCUGAUAGGCUGUACAGGCAGCUUGGGUCUACAAUGGCCUUGACCGAGGAUUAG